AUGAAAAGAGAAAAUAAUAGUUCGUCAAAAGCAACGAUUAACAAUUUAAAAAAAAACAGAACUACAGAAAAGCAUGUUAAUUCAAAAGUGAAUACAAAGGUUCCUGUAUCAUUUAAAGAAAAAUUACAAAUAAAAAAAAAAGACAGUAUAACUUACAAUAAAGGCAACACUAGCAUAACAAAGGAGAAUAGUUCAAAUUCUUCAGAAUAUAUAAAAGUAUGUGGUGAAGAAAAAGACAAUGAAAAUAUCUUAAAAAUGGAAAAAAAAAGUGAAGAAAUUGAUAUAAAUGGGAAUAUUGAAUUCACAAAUAAAGAAGAUAGCAAUAAUGAUAGUAAUGUAAUAGUUAAUGAUAAUCAUGAUGAUAAAAAUAUUUAUAAAGAAGAUGAAAUAGAAAAAUAUAGAGAACUAAACAAAAAUAAAGAAGAAGAAAUAGAAGAAAAAAUAGUCAAUAAAAAAGAGAUGCUCAAUGAAAAAAUAAAAAAUUAUGAAAAUAUAUAUAAAAUGGAAAGUUUAGUAGAAAAUUAUAAAGAAAAAAAUGAAGAUAAAAAAGAAGAAAAUGAAAAUGAGAAAGUAAAAAGAAAAACUGAAUAUGCAGGAUAUACUGGUAAUGAAAUAAAAGGUGAAGAUGAAAAAAAUGAUGAGAAUAAAAAUGAAAAUGAAUAUGAAGAAGAUGAUGAUGAAGAUGAAGAUGAAGAUGAAGAUGAAAAUGGAGAAGAAAAACAAAAAAAAAAAAUAGGAAAUGAUAAAUCUUAUGAAAAAAGUAGUAUAUAUCAAAGUAUAUUAAAAAAAUUGAAUAUAGAGAAAAAUGAAGAAUUAGAAAAUAGUCAUAUUAUAAUAUUUGGUAAUAAAGAUGUAGGAAAGUCUUCCUUAAUUCAAUCAUUACAAUAUGUAUCUAUGCAAGGAGAUAUAAAUAAUGAAGAAUUGUAUCAGAAUGAAAAUCGAGUAUUACCACUAGAUUAUGCUUGUUUAAAUGUUAGAAAUUUAGAAGAAAACAGUAAAAUAAAAGAUAUAAAAGGAAAUAGCCAUAUAUGGGUACUGCAACAUUCUUCUUAUAUUAGUUCAUUAAUUAAACAUAUGAAAAAAUUUAAAAAUAUAAAAAAUAUAAUUAUUUUAAUGUGUACUGAUUUAUAUAAGCCGUAUAAUAUUAUAUCUGAUUUAAAUCAUUGGAUAGAAUCUUUAUAUGUUUUAUUUGAAGAAUUGCAUUCUUAUUACGAUUUAGAAGUAUUUAAUGAAUUAAAAGGAAAAUUAGAAAAUUAUAUAUAUAAUUAUAAAAAACAUAUAUUUGAAAAAAAAAAUAAAAAUAAAAAUGAUACUUUUGAUUUAGAUAAAAAGAGCUUAGUCAAAAUCAAUUUAGCUUUUCCUAUAUUUUUUAUUAUUUGUAAAUCAGAUGGUUAUGAAAUUUUAAACAAUCGAACUUAUCAAGGGUACAUUGACGUAAUCAUUUCUUAUUUGCGUAAUUUAGCUAUAACUUAUCAAGCAUCUAUUAUAUUUUGCAAUACUGUAAAUAAAAAAGAACCAAAGAAUAUAGAUAUUUUAUAUAAAUACAUAAUGCAUAGAAUUUAUGAUUUUCCUUUUAAUGAAAACCCUAUAUUAGAUAAAUAUGAAAAAAUAUUCAUACCAUCAGGAUAUGACGAUAUAGAAUUAAUAAAUGAAUCAAUUAAAAAUACUUUUGUUGAAAAUUUUAGUAAACCUUAUGACUCUAUUAUUAUUAAACCAAUUUCAAAUAAAAGUAUUGUUGAGCAUAGCCAAAACAUUGUUCAAGAUGUUUAUUUUAAUGAUUUUUUAGCGAGUAUAGCUUAUGAUAUAACCACUAAUGAAACGAAUGAUAAAAAGGAAGCUGAUGAAGAAAAAUUAAAAAAUUCAGUAAUUUUUAAUGAAAAUAGCAAAAUUAAAGAAGAAAAUAAUCAGAAAAGUUUAAAUAAAGAAAAAAAUGAUCAAUCUCUGCACAGUUUUUUUCAAAGUCUUUUAGCAAAAGGAAGAUCAAAAUCCCCAAGUGCUCCAAAUAUAUCAUCAUUACCUUUGGAAAAAAAACUUUAA